AUGAGCUCUGGUCCGGCUUCUAACGUUGACGACCUCCCUGUCGAUCAACCCUUACGUACUUCGGUUUCCUCCCACAAGCCGUCGCCGAAGGAUGUCAAUGCGCCCAAGAACGAUAGUAACAGGGAUAGAGAGACUCCGGACCAGGGUGUGCCGGUGGACAACCCUACCGCGGGUCAAGAUAGUGCAUCGAAACUGGAAUUCGAUGAUUUCGGGUUACCGAUCCGAUCGCGACCUAAACCACCCCGACGAGACACCGAGUCCCCAGUAGAUGAUGACCAAUUUCAUGAUGCUGAGGAGAAUGUCCCUGAUGCAGGUAAACAAUCCGCAUCUACUGGAGCGAACAUUGAAAAGGAUCCUGCGGUAGAGGGACUUCUUGAUAACAAAGUGUCUCCGGCGGAACAUCGAGAGGAACGCCAGUCUUCAAGGCCUGCGCUAAGUGAGCGUGCGACAGCCACAACCGACGAAGUAGUAGCUUCAAUAGCCAAAAAGUGUGCGCCUGAGACUACUCCGCCGGAACAAAAUGUCGAACCGCUUCCAGUUUAUACAGAAACGCCAGCUCAGAACGAUAAUGCAACUUCACGGCCGAAGCACGCCCUGGGAAGUGAAAUUCCGAUGUCGCAGUGGUCGCACCAGCGGCUUAAUGAACGUAAGGAGAAAGAGGAUGAAGAGCGUGAGGAGAACUACGAGGGAGAGUGGAAAGAGAUGACCGCUUUGGAUGAGUUCGAUGUUUAUGAUGAUUACGGGCGAUUGAUCGCCCGAGGCUCAAAGCAAGAGGACCAGGAUGCAGUCUAUCAAGGUCUGGGAGGGGCUGGAAAAGGGUAUACCAGAGUGCAACUGGACGACGACGAAGACUCUAUCAACAGCUUGGAUGAAGAUACAAGCUAUCUUUUCAAAGAGACGGCCGCGACUGCUGCCGGAGUGGAAGGGGAGGAGCUUCGUGAUACUCUUAGCCAGCUGCAAGCUACGAAAGAUCUUCUAACUGAAGGCCAGAGGAUAGCGUAUGUGGGAGUAACCCGCUUGACUAUAUUUGAGAUGGUCAUGGAUAUGGAGAGAGCACCGUCUACGAAAGGCACGCGCAAGUGGAAGCAGAAGGCCAUCGACUCAGCAAGAGGGUGGGGCCAAGCCAUGAUGACUAGGUUGUACUCUCACAUGGACAUUAGCACCGCCGAACAAGUGAUGAUCGAGCAGCUCGCUGAACACGGGGUUCGGCCUGAAGACCUCGUCAGGCCGCUCAUGGAGAAUGCCCGCGUCAAGAAUCCGUUGGCCGAGGUGGAUGGAUCUAACAAAUCACUCUCCCCUACAUCUGGCAAGUUGAAGGAUGAAAUUCGGUCUACCUUAUCUACUGAUACCAAUCGAUCUUCAGAGUCAAGCUCUCUUCCACCUUACGACCGGGAGGAGGAUGUCCCAGAGGUCCAGACACCAUCCCAGCUACCGACUACUGAGAAGAUUGAUAUUGAUAUUCGAUGGACAGCACUUUGCGAUCUUUUCCUCGUUUUAAUCUCUGACUCAAAUUAUGAUUCACGGUCACGAACGCUACUGGAGAGAGUAGGGGCAUCAAUGGACGUUUCGUGGUUACAGAUAGCCAAGUUCGAGAAGCGUGUCAUCGAUGCUCUUGAGAUGCAAGAGGAUGCCGACAAGGAAACCUGGGAUGAGUCUGAGCACAUGGAGAAACGUCGAAAGUCAGCACUGAAACGCAAGUACAUGAUAAUGGGCUUGGCCACCGUUGGUGGAGGCCUGGUUAUUGGCCUUUCAGCCGGCCUUCUAGCCCCAGUUAUCGGCGCUGGCCUUGCUGCUGGAUUCACAACAAUCGGUGUUGGUGGAACCAGUGCGUUCCUUGGCGGUGCUGGUGGUACCGCUCUGAUUGCGUCUGGGGCUACUUUGACGGGGAGCACAAUAGGAUUGAGGGCGUCUCACCGACGUACCGGGGCUGUGCAGACGUUUGAGUACCGCCCUCUGCAUAACAACAAAAAGUUCAACCUAAUUGUAACGGUGUCCGGUUGGAUGACCGGCAACGUAGACGAUGUCCGAUUGCCCUACAGUACAGUCGAUCCCAUCAUGGGAGACAUCUAUUCUGUCUUGUGGGAGCCCGAGAUGCUCAAAAGUAUGGGUGCAACCAUAAAUAUCUUAGCUACCGAGGCCUUAACCCAAGGGUUGCAGCAAGUUCUUGGAAGCACUAUUCUCACGGCUCUCAUGGCAUCCUUACAGCUCCCUCUUAUCCUUACAAAACUCUCCUACCUUAUUGAUAACCCAUGGAACGUGUCUCUCGCACGAGCGACUGCGGCUGGGCUCAUUUUGGCCGACUCAUUGAUGGACCGCAAUCUAGGCAAGCGGCCGGUGACCUUGCUGGGUUAUUCACUUGGUGCUCGAGUCAUAUUUUCAUGUCUAAAGGAACUUGCAGACAAGGGUGCGUAUGGUAUUGUUCAGAAUGUCUAUCUGUUUGGGUCACCGGUGGUUGCGAAUAAGGACGAAUAUAUCAAGGCCCGUGGUGUCGUUUCAGGCAGCUUUGUCAACGGAUACGCUUCAAAUGACUGGAUCCUGGGAUAUCUGUUCCGCGCUACCAGCGGUGGUAUUUUGCGAGUGGCUGGGCUGGCUCCAGUUGAAGGCAUUCGAGGAAUCGAGAAUGUCGAUGUCACCAAGCUCGUGAAUGGGCACAUGGAUUACCGGGCAGCUAUUCCUCGUCUAUUGAAGCAUGUCGGGUGGGAAGUCCUGAGCGAGGAAUUUGCGGAGAUUGAAGAUCCCGACCCUGAAAAUCAUGCCGAGCGGCAGCGAGAAUUAAUCCGCGAGAUUGACGAGGCGCGUCGAGAAGCAGAGACCAAGCCGGAAAAGAAACGAUUCGGCUUGUUCAAGCGGGGAAAGUUGGCCCAGAAAAAAGCAUGGGAGAAGUAUGAAGUUGACCAAUCUGAGUCGCCUCAAAGUCCUCCCAGUGGCAACGCGGCAGGAAGCGUACUCUUUGAUAUUGACGCUAUCAGAGCCGAGCUAGCCUCGGAAAUGUUGGAGGUCAAGCAACUGGAAUCGACGCUACCGCCCAUGAAGUUGAAUUUAGAUUCCCCGUCGUUGAAUUCCCCUGCUACGCCAUCGUCUUUCGAGACAGGAAAACCCCAAGAUUUCCGUCAAAGCCCACCUCAGCCACCCCCAGCAGCAUCUCCGGGUCAUACUCCGCCGCAGCGCGCACCAUCACCCCCGUCGCCUCCUAAAGAUGAAACGUACCAAAUGACUUUCGAUACGUCGUACCACGAACCCCCGCAGCGCUCUCUAUCUUAUGAAUCCCCUACAUACUCUAACAACAAUACCUUUACCCGGCCCGUCCUUCGAUCUUCAGCGACAACUGGUGUGCUUGGUGCCGGAGCGGCUACUGGUGCGGUUGGUGCGUUCGCUCUCGAAGAAAAUGCAUGGGCCGACCCUGACGAAGGCGAAAUCUCGAUGACUUUCGAGUGAUGAGUUAUGAUGUAUACACAAUUAAUUCCUAUAUACUUUUCAGGCGUUCUGCCAUGUUUAAAUUCGAUUCUGACUCUUGAUGAUUCUGAUUGAGCUAUCCUACAUGGCGUUCUUUUACAGCGUCUGGUCACUUUGCAUUGGCCUGGCUUAUAUUGCGCGGGACAUUUCUAGCUAUAUACAUACAUCUUAUGGUGUCUCUAAUAGUCG